ACGUUAAGCGAGAGCGGUCGGUUACCCGGAUCUCCUGUCGGAGACGAGCCGCUGAGCUCAGUUGCGCCGGAGGACGCGUGGCCGAAUAAAGAAGAGGACCGGCUAAACCGAGCAGUUGAGGCGGAGGAGCUUCUGGCCGAGCGGAGAUCGCUGGGAGGCCGGUUCCCUGGCCCGCCCAUGGCGGCUGCUGCUGCCGCUUUCCGACACCUGAGCCUGGCGCUGGGCGCAGCGGUAGCAGCCCUCGGGUCUCUCCUUUUCAUUGCAUGGAAAGUCUACUUCCGAGACGCUGAUGACAGCUGCGUCGGCUGGAGAAGCCGCUGGGAGCGGCAACUGGAAGCGGAGCUACGAGCCUGCAACGCACGAAAGGAAGCGGAGCAGCCACAUUAUUGUGAAUACCAAAUUUUGGUUCUCGGUUUGGACGGGGCUGGAAAAAGCACCAUUCUUCACUAUGUAUGUAGUCCAGAAGCCAAGAAGCAUAUACCACCUACUCAAGGCUUCAGCUCAGUGCAGCUGCAGGCCAGUGGGCUCCAGAUGGAUCUUCUAGAAGUUGGUGGGAGCCAGAAUCUACGCUUCUACUGGAACCAAUAUCUGAGCAAAGCCCACAUUUUGGUGUUUGUUGUAGACUCUGCAGAUGGCUCACGGCUUCAUGUUGCUCGGCAGGAGCUCCACUGCUUGCUAGCUGAGGACCCUCAGCUGCCUUUGAUAGUCUUAGCCAACAAACAGGACAAGAGUGAUGCCCUGAGUGUGGCAGAAUUGCGAGAGGAGUUGGCCUUGCACAACCUGGAUAGUCAGAGGACAUUCUUUCUCUUGCCCACAAGUGCAACUUAUGCCGGUCUGGCCACUGGAAACAGUGUUCUUCACUUGAAGCACCUGCUGGUCAAAAUUCUUGCCCAUUCAAGCAAGAUGGAGUCUCUGUGACUGUGCCUCUCAGCAAUAACUUUUUCCGCAUGGUCAGGAAGCCUUUGUUCUUAAAAGUCUACCUAGGCAUUCACCAAAUGUGCUUGGAGAAGGAAUUCCACCUACCAAUAUAGCCUUGGAGAUAACUCCUAUUGUUUUGGAUAAGACGGAAGGAAAACAAAGGCAUUGCUUGAGGGGGACAUCAAUCAAUCUCAGAGACUAGCUACCGAAAGCAGCUGCUGCUCUUUUCACAAACCUAAAGAACUAUAAUACCAAUAUUUGCACUAAGACUUUGCAUUCUUCUUUACUGGAUCUACUAGUUGACUUUACAAUAAGCAGGAAAAGAUAAUUCAAUGACUUUAUAUAGCGGCAGCUAAGAAAGUCAUUUCAUAGGCUCUUUGCCUAUGAAAUGACUUUAUUAUUUCAAAAGCUGGGGGUUAGUCUUGGCCCAUAAAGGGUUACUUCAUCCUGACUGCAGCUAAGGGAAAGUAGUAUGUACUGAAAUUGAUGGCUUGUCUAGAUUUGAGGGAUCCUUGAUGGAAUAUCUUUUAUUUCUGGUUAAGCAGGUUGGAACAGUUGUGCCUUGAACUGAUGCCAAAGCUACUUCAGUCACUAAGACUCUGCUACCUUCUUAUUUAUUGGUUGAUUCUUAAGUAACCUCCACAAGGUCUAAGAGAACUGGAAAGUUUGGGUUAGAUCAUGAAGAGAUGCACGAAACUAACAGCCUCCAAACUAGUUGAGCUCAACUGUCAAUUUCCCAUGUUGGCUAGGAAGUUUGAGAUACAGACCAACACAUGCAGGUGUCCCUGAUAAUGGCAAAGUUGUUCAGCAGUAAAAUACUUGAGUAUUCCUAUUUAAUCUCAACCCCUCAGGGGCUCUUAAAAGUUUUUAUUUCUGCUCCAUUAUACAAAGUAUUAUCUAUACAAAAGCUAUUGUGAGCUAGUAAUCGCUGUUACAAACUACAGGUAGGCCACAUCAUAUGGGCUACCAACAUUCUCUUAAAUUUCUAAUGAAGAAAAAAACAGCCAUUUGCCUCACCUCUGCAUUAAAGCAUAAUUCUACAUGUGCAGGAAACCAAUCCCAUCUUCAGGCAAUUUGUCUCUAUAGCUCUAAUGAUGUUACAAAUAGAAAUGAUGCUGUUUCUUAAAUAGGAAAAUGAUGCAUAUACUCUCUAAUGCUCCCUCUUCAGGUUUUUUGUUUGGAUUAAGCUCCUUUUGUACAACUUACAUUUUAACCAUCCCCCUCCUUUAUUUAUCCUAUCACAGACUAUAGGAAACCUGAAUAAUACAUCUUAGCCAUAUAUGCAAUAGGCGAUUGCUAACAAAUGCUUUGUAUUUUUUAUCAAUAAAACUUGUGUUGUAAGAUA